AAUAACACUCCUUGGAAUGUGUGCGACCUAGUUCACUGCUUAUAUGAGAAGCAGCGAUUAUAGACUGAAGUUACUCUCAGACAGACAUCCUUGAGGAACACUAGCUGUACUCUGGUCAAGAACCAUGAUAGCUUUCCUUGUUUUAAUCGGAUCUGUGGCAGUUUACGGACAGGGCCAGGGUCACAUCCACAACCACUCCUGCGCCUUCAACAACCAUCACCAGAUCGCGGAGAAGCAGGUGGUCGUCAACAUCAUCGCCGACAUGGAUAAAGAUGGCGACGGCAUUGUGGAACUGCCCGAGGUCAAUGCGGAGUUUAUUUCCAGAUAUGACGUUGAUAAGGACGGCGAGGUGCUCGAGAACGAGUUUGUGAGACAGUGGCAUCAGCGCUACCACGACGAUCGCGACUUCGUUGGCUACCUCUUCCACAACUUCGACACGAACGACGACCAAAAACUGACCGCAGCCGACCUCGCGGCUUUGGCGAAAACACUUGACGCUGACGGAAAUGGACAAGUCUCAAGCGCAGAGUUCCAGUCCUUCAUGAUCAAUCUCUACGUGAACUGUGUACCGUCGAAAUAUUCUCACGGCCCUUGAGAUCAGCUGUCAAAUAAAACAUUCUGAUGUACA